GAAACAUAAAAUGAUAAAAAUAUUUUUAUAUUAUUAGUUUUUUCCCUUUUGCCCCCUCUUUACUGAGGUUUGCCAUGCGUUUAGGAUUUUGCCCGGCCAAAUAACUCCUAACGCCCACUGGUACCUCCACUCCUUCGUAAAUAUGUGUACCCAUCUCAAAAUCUUCCCUUCUUUGCGUCUUUUCCUUUUUUGCUUCGAAGUCCUACCGGGCGGGGCUGGCUGCGAAGGUUUUGUAUUCUUCAAAGCCCGCACCGGUAGGAAGUUCAUUUCCGAAGUCCCCCAGAGCAACCGGGGAUGGAAGGAAAAGUUUGUUUUCAUCGAGUUUCCCCCCUUCUUCACUCCUCUGGCCGGUCUGAAAUGGAAUGACCAUCUCCUAGACCAAGAGUACGCUGCACCGGCUUCCUCCCCUGACUUGGAGGCGAGUCUUGAAGUCCUCAUGCGCGGGGAUCCUUACACCGGGAGGGUCUUCCACUAUGGCAGCUGGGUCUGGAGGGUCGAGUCGGGUGGUGAGGGUACCUCCCCGGCCCAUGAAGCAGCGGGGCGCGGGGUACCCUCCCCGGGCAACACUGCAGAGGCUGAGGGCCAGAACCACCCAGAUAUGGAGUUUGAAGAAUUCGCUAUCCCCGAGGACCAACCAGCCGGGGAGACCGGGGGCUCCCAAGCCAAUCCUGCCAGGACUUUCCCGGUCAAUCCAGAGACCGUGGAAAUCCUGGAUGAGGAUGAGCCCCAAGAAGACCGGUCUAGGGGGAAGGAGAAGGAGAAGGCCGGUCGCCGGGUGAAGAAGGUGGCCACCACGCACCCCUCCUAUGCCAAGAAGAGGGCCCGGUCAGAUCUUGAGCCGGCCGGCCAGACCAUCGAAGAGGCCUUCGUCAACCUGGGGCUGAGGCUGAAGGAGGCGGGGGAGAUUGGACCCCUCACAGCCGACCGGCUUGGUUUAGGCUCUCCCUCGGAGUUUGCCCGGCUGAAGAAGGAGAAGGAGGAGAUGGCCCUUAUCUUGAAGAGCCAGGCCGAUGAGCUGUCGGGGUUAGCCGGGUCCAUGAAGACCGAAAUCUCCCAGCUGAAGGAAGAGAAUGGCCGGCUCAUGGAUGAAGUCUCUGAGGCCAAGAGGGAGAUGAUGGAGAAGGAAGAAAACUUCCCCGGGCGCGCAGCUGCCUGGGUUGAGGAAAAUAAGGCCGAAGCUGCCCGGGUUCUGACGGCGAGCCCUGAAGCCACCAUGGAAUCCUUCAGGCUUCUAUACCGGGAGCCUGAAGGAAAGAAGAUGAUCACCGCCGUUGGAUCCUUCGGAUUCAAGUGCGGUCAAAAGAAAGACCGGGCAGCUUCCCACCGGAUCCUCCUGAAGAGAGACCCGGCCUUCACUGCGGCUUCCUACGGCCUGGCUCCUAUCCGAGAGGAAGAGCCCACUCCCCCCUUCCCCCUAGAUUAGGAUCUUCCCGGCUGCGCCCGGUUGUUUUUGUAAAACAUUGAGCAGAAAUUUCCCCGGGUAUGCCCGGCGUAAUUGUAAACAUUUGACAUUUUUAAAUUCGAAUGCCAUGUUUGUUUUCUUUACCGGUGAAUCUUCCCUAUCUGCCUGCUUGUUGAUUUAUACUCUGCUUUUGCUUCUUAUAAAUCUUGACCGGUAGCCCAAUCAGACCACUUCUCAUUUGUUUCUGACCGGGAGAACUUCAAAGUUCUCCCUGAUCACUUUAUCUAAAGGUAGCUCGAGUAGCUUUGACCGGUAUAACUUCAAAGUUUUCUCUGGUCAUUUCAUUUCAAGGAUCAGUCCGAGAAACUUUGACCGGUU